AUGGCAGGAACCGGAUCGUGGCGAAUGCACAAACUUCCCUCGUUCGUUGUCCCGUUGUUCCGGGAGGGGCCGGACCGGAUCUGGCUACUGACUCGUCGUAAUUAUAGAAAACCACGAGAAGCAAUAAAAGUUGUUGAAGUCGAGACAACUAGUAUGCACACGCCCGCCUUUCCCCCCUCCCCUCUCUUGCCAGCCUCGUUCUGUUGCCGCGGCGCGUUGUCGUUGAUCUUUUCCCGGCGAAAUUUCAGCUGCUUUGUGCGUGAGCUGCGGCAGAAAGAGUGGUACCAAAUUCGUCAUUUGAAGAAAGUUGUUUCGGUUCCAUCUGCCCGUUCGGGCUUGUUUGAGAUGAGCUCUUUGGCGGGCGUUUCGCAGGUUCUUGGCGAUGGCCGGCCUCGUCUUCCGCUGCUGCAUGUCUUGUGCUUUGCAUCGAGGAGAGCAAAAGCCAUCCAUCGACCAGCCCGGCAAGCCUCACUCCUCCGCACCGUGGCUGACUUGGGCCGCACGCCCUCCCCAUGGCGGAGAGAGAGGCAAAGACGGCUUGCAUAUUCGUGCCUAAAUGUUCGGCUGAUCCCCCUCGGCUCGGGUCGCCGCAACCCUCCCUGGACAGCCUGUAGAGCAAAGGCUGUAGCAAGGCGCAGCCUGGCCAGCCCGGUGACUACGCCAGUCAGAUUCAGCCAGAUUAUACAGCUCGUUCAAGUCCAUAUUCCUACAAUGUGCAGACUUUCUAACACCGGCUGUCGUGUAGAAGAAUUGUACGCCUCCGACACUGACUGCAGCUAUCAUGCCGCCUCGGCCCCUGGUCAGUUCUCUGGCGACAUAUGA